AUGACUAAUCACAUUUCUAAUGAGGAAUUAGAACAAAAAUUCUCUUCUAAACUAUCUAGAAGAGCAGCGUUAAGAAAACUUAUUCCAUUUUGGGAUGAUUUAGAAGAAAAUCCAGAAGAUUUAAUUGAGUUAGCUGGUGGUAUGCCUAACCCAAAGUUAUUCCCAGUUAACAGUAUAGACUUCAACAUCGUUAAUAAACCUCAAUUCGGUGAUGUAAAAACAGAGAAGGCAUCAAUUGGUUUAUAUGAGCCAAAGACUUUUCCAAUGGCACGUAGUUUCCAAUAUAUGGAAUCAAAAGGUCCACCAGCUGUGAUCAACUUUGCAAAAAGUAUCAUUGAAAGGAUUAAUAAGCCAAAAUAUGAUAAUUGGGAUUUGACUUUAGCUAGUGGUUCUAGUGAUGGUAUGUUCAAGAUUUUUGAGACUCUUUUAGAUGAAAAUUCUUCAAUUUUGAUGGAAGAAUUCACUUUUACACCAGCUGCUUUUGUUGCUAUUGCUACUGGUGCUUCGUGUAUACCUUUAAAAAUGAAAUUGAGUGAAAAUGCAGCUGAACAAGGUAUUGAUAUUGAUUACAUGGCAAACCUAUUGGACAACUGGGAAACUUCCCAAUUUAAGGAUAAACCAAAGCCAAAGAUGCUAUACACAAUUGCAACGGGUCAGAACCCAACUGGUAUGACUUUAUCAAUGGAAAAACGUAGAAAAAUUUACGAAAUAUGCCAAAAACAUGAUAUCAUUAUAUUGGAAGAUGAUCCAUACGGCUACUUGCUGUUCCCAAAAUAUGAUCCAAGUAAUCCAUAUAAAAAUUCAUACGUUGACGAUAAAGAGCUUACAGUGGCUACCUACCUUGACGAAUAUCUAGUAAAAUCAUUUUUAACACUGGAUACCGAUGGUCGCGUUCUUAGAUUAGAGACGUUUUCAAAAGUGUUUGCUCCAGGUUUGAGAUUAAGUUUUAUUGUCGGUAAUUCAUUCCUUAUUGAAAAAUUUGUUGAUUUUGCUGAUGUCUCUAGUAGAUCUCCAAGCGGUACAUCCCAAGCCAUUUUACUUGCUACAGUUAAUAAGUUUACUGAACCAUAUUUAGAACAAUUUGAUGGUGACUAUACUAAGGCUUCCCUUGAAGGUUGGUUCAAAUGGGUUAUGAGUUUGGCAAGUAUGUACACUCACAGAAGAAACGUAUUAGUUACUUCUUUAAGAGCAACAGAAGCAUUCAAGAAAGGGUACAUGACUAUUCUUGAACCAUCUGCCGGUAUGUUUAUUGACAUUAAACUUCAAUGUGAGAAUAUUGAAAAGUUAAAAGGUAAGGACGUCAUAACAAUCAUGGAUGAAUUGAACUCUAAAUUACUCGCCAAUAGAAUCAAGAUAGUUUUAGGUUACAAGAUGGCUUUAAUGAAAGAAUUUUCUAAGGACCAUUGUGACUUCUUAAGAGUUACUAUUGCCUAUGCUGAAGAUGAUGAACAAUUGGCUAAAGCAGCUCAACGUAUUGGUGAUGGUAUUGUGGAGUAUUUAGAAACUAAAUAA